UCUCGAGAACGCAUGUUUUUUGCUUGACAUCAUCGUCAUCCUGUCGGCAAUUGCGAAGCGUUAAAAAAUUGAUUCGCGGAUAGCGCGUGUGAUAAGAACUUUUGGUUGAAAAAAGAAAAGUUCCGAGAUGCAACCUCAAAUAAUCCUACUGAAGGAAGGCACGGAUACGUCUCAGGGAAAGCAACAAGUUAUAUCCAAUAUAAAUGCGUGCCAGAUAGUCGUAGAUGCCGUUAGGACUACUCUAGGUCCUCGCGGUAUGGACAAGCUCAUAGUCGAUCAAAAUGGAAAGGGCACUAUAUCCAAUGAUGGUGCUACCAUCCUGAAAUUAUUAGAUAUCAUUCAUCCUGCUGCUAAGACUCUUGUGGAUAUUGCAAAAUCACAAGACGCUGAGGUUGGAGAUGGCACAACCAGCGUAGUUUUGUUGGCAGGAGAGUUUUUGAAACAAAUGAAACCGUUUAUAGAAGAGGGCGUACAUUCGCGUAUAAUAAUCAAAGCUCUUCGUCGCGCGCUUCAGAUAGCUAAAGAUAAAAUUAAUGAGCUAAGUGUCAAAUUAGACAGACGCAAUAUAAACGAACAGAUUGAGCUUCUGGAGGCAUGUGCAGCCACAGCUAUGAAUUCCAAAUUGAUACAUCAACAAAAGAAUCAUUUCAGUCAAUUGGUUGUCAAGGCUGUCAUGAAGCUAGAUGAAUUACUUCCUCUUAAUAUGAUUGGUAUUAAAAAGAUUUCUGGAGGCGCGCUGGAGGAUUCGGAGCUGAUUGAAGGAGUGGCCUUCAAAAAAACCUUUUCAUAUGCCGGAUUCGAAAUGCAACCGAAAAAAUAUGAGCAAUGCAAGAUUGCAUUACUGAACAUUGAGCUGGAAUUAAAGGCCGAACGAGACAAUGCCGAAGUGCGCGUGGACAAUGUGUCAGAAUAUCAGAAAAUUGUCGACGCGGAGUGGCAGAUUCUCUAUGAUAAGCUUGAUCAGAUUCACAAGAGCGGUGCGAAAGUAGUAUUAUCCUCGUUGCCGAUCGGCGAUGUCGCAACGCAGUACUUCGCGGAUAGAGAUAUGUUCUGCGCUGGUAGAGUACCUGACGAGGAUCUCAAGAGGACGAUGAAGGCAUGCGGUGGUGCAAUCUUAACAACGGUGCACGACAUAAAGGACUCUGAUCUCGGAAGUUGUCAGACUUUCGAGGAAAAGCAGAUCGGUUGCGAGAGAUUCAACUUCUUCUACGAAUGUUCGCGAGCGAAGACGUGCACGUUUAUCUUGCGUGGAGGUGCGGAUCAAUUUCUAGAAGAGACGGAGAGAUCCCUUCAUGACGCGAUCAUGGUCGUCAGACGCAUGAUAAAAAAUGAUGCAGUGGUUGCUGGCGGUGGUGCCAUCGAAAUGGAACUCUCCAAGACUUUACGCGAUUACUCACGUACUAUUGCUGGAAAAGAGCAACUUUUGAUAGGAGCGAUAGCGAGAGCUCUCGAAGUUAUUCCGAGGCAAUUAUGUGAUAACGCUGGAUUUGACGCAACAAACAUUCUGAAUAAAUUGCGCCAGAAGCAUCAUAAAGGUUUGCAGUGGUACGGCGUUGAUAUAAAUUCAGAAGAUAUCACGGAUAACAUGCAGUACUGCGUCUGGGAGCCGGCAAUAGUGAAGAUCAACGCAUUGACUGCCGCUACAGAAGCCGCCUGUCUCAUCCUUUCUGUUGACGAGACUAUCAGGAAUCCUAAGAGCAGCCAAGAUGGCCCGCAACCUCCAAUGGGACGUGGCAUGGGCAGACCGAUGUAAUCUGUUUGUCUACUUAAUUUCAUCAAAACUAGAGAUAUCCUAUGACACAGUCUGGCCACGAGCGAUUUUGUCAAAAUCCUCCGAGAGAGAGUAACUCUCUAAAACUUGUAGAGUGAAUAUCACUUUCAAGACUGGCUCAAUUUUCACUCUUUAGAGUGAAAUUCCACUCCAAAGAAUAGUAGAGAAUAGAUAUCAUUUCUCGUAUGUAUGUUGUGUACUAUCUCACUCUAACUCAUACUGUUUCACUCUAUGACUUUAAUUACGAUUAUAGAGUAAGAUAGUAUAUAUACUACAGAGAAGAAAUUGUAUAUGUCUUUUUCUCAUAUAUUUUUGACAAAAUUGCUUGUGCCCAGACUAGAAUAUUGGAUCUCUAAUCAAGACUAUCUAUAAAAGAACUAUAUAAUGUGAAAUAAAAGCAUAGUUUAUAAAUGCGAGCAUUAUGUCGCAUCUUUGCAGCCUUGUCUCUCGAUAUCUUUUGUACAUGCUAAUAUUUAUAACGAAUCACAAUGAGUUAACGGAUUAUUUCCUGUUUAAAAUAAAAGCUUAUUGUUCCUUAGACAUGCAAAAGCACGUGUAUUCACGAAAGUUUACAUAAAUAAAUGUUAAGUGUCCUUAAUUUUUUCCAUCCAUAUUUAUGUCUUCUUA